AUGUAUGCAAAUAAACAAAUUUUCAUCUUUUUCGUUUUGAUAUUUUUUAAAGAAACAGAAUGUUCGUUUUGGAAUGAAAUACCUCCACAGUGUAUCUAUGACCGUACAGCAUUAUUUUUUUGUUGGAAUACCACAUUUAUUCAUCCAAUACCGUUAUUCAAUGAUUUAGUUUAUACACUUCAACAUCAUCAUGUUGAAAUUCGUGAUUCAGACUUUCAAUUAUCAUUACGUGAUUUAUUAAUUCAAGUCGGUACAAAUAUAGAAAAUUUAACAUUAAUUAAUAAUACAUUUUCUUCAUCUGCUAUUGAACCAAAUUUAAUAUUUGAAGGUGGAAUCUUUUUUCGUCUUCUUUUAUCACUUACUAUUCAUGGUCAACAUGGCGGUAUACAAUGGUCUCAAUUAAAUGCUUCAUAUUUUCCUCAAUUAAUUAAACUUGAUUUAUCAUAUAAUCAAUUAACUGAUAACCAAACACUUGUAUUUGAUCAUCAAUUUUAUCCUAAACUUAAACAUCUUAAUUUAUCACAUAAUGAACUUAAAUCACUCGAUAAUUUAAUUGGAAAUAGUUUAAAUACACUUGAAACAUUAAUUUUAUCGUAUAAUCCAUUAGAAUCAAUUAUAGAUAAACUUAAUCAAUUUCAAUCUCUUAUUACACUUGAUUUAUCAUCAACAUUAAUUAAACAAUUAUUUAGUAUAACAUUAUUACCAUAUUUACAAACAUUUAUUUGUCAACAUUGUCGAACUAUUCCAACAUGGGAAUAUGAAAAAUUUAUUUCAAAUUGUUCACAAUUAAAUAAUAAUAAUAAUAAAUUAACAAUCGAUUUAACAAGAUCAAAUAUAAAUUCAAUAAAGUUAUUUAAUCCAUAUAUAAAAUGUAUUAAAAAUUUAAUAUUAAAUGAUCAAAAUUUAGUUGAUUCAAUAACAACAAAUGAUCUUUUAUUUAGUACAAAUCUGGAAAGUAUUCAAGCAAAAUCAAAUUAUGAUAUUGAUUAUAUUUAUUUAAAUGUUUAUGAUCAUUUAUCAUACAUUGAUUUUAGUGAUAAUAUUUAUUUGAAUCAAGUUAUUUUACGUCUUAUGUCGAAUUAUACUCAUUUACAACGUUUAAUCCUAUCACAUACAGCAUUAAAUGAAUUUUCAAUUGAUUUUCAUAAUACUAAAUUGAGAUUUUUACAUAUCGAUGUAAUUGACAUGAGUUAUAGUCGUUUAGAAACACUUGAUUUUUUAAAAUAUUUAACAUUUAAUACAUUAGAUGUUAGUUAUAAUCGUUUAAAAAUAAUUGAUAUUGAUCAAAUACAUUAUCAUCAUGGUAUGUAUGAUUUAUCUUCAAUGAAUUUAUUAAAUAUGUCAUCAAAUGAAAUGGAAUUUAUUCAAAUUAAUUGGGAUAAUGAAUCACCACAUACAAUUGAUUUAUCAAACAAUAAACUUGAAUCAAUUAAUUUACAUGGUGAAACAAUAUAUACACUUUUAUUAACUAACAAUUCAAAAUUAUCAUUAAAUAAAACAAAAUUUAAUAUUGAUUUACCAUCAUUACAAUAUCUUGAUUUAACAUCAAUUCGAUUCGAUUCAUUUGAAUAUCUUAUUUAUCUUCAUAAUCUAUCAAAGAUUCAUACGUUAAUACUUAAUAAUAAUCGUUUAUUAAAAGAACAUCGUACACUUAAUUGGAAUAUAUUUUAUCCUUGGCAUCAAUAUUUAACACAUCUUUCUUUACGUAAUAUGUCAAUUGAACAAAUUGAUUAUGGAGCUCGUUUAAAUGAUUAUUAUCAUUUAUUAACAAUUGAUUUUUAUUUAAAUAAUCAUCUCAAAUGUGAUUGUACGUUAGGACCAUUUAUACAUUGGUUACAAACACCUCCACCACCAUUGCUAGAUUUUUAUGAACCAUUACAAAAAUUAUUACGUAUUGAUUGUCGAAUAUCAUUAUUUGAUUUACAAUGUGAAGAUGACAAUAAUGAAAAUCAAACAAGAUUGUAUUUAUCAUCACAUUCAUCAUUUUUUCAAGCAUUUUUUAUUUUAAUAAUAUUUAUGUUAAGUUUGUUAGCAAUACUUAAAUUAAUCGAUCGAAAAUUAAAAGGAAUGCGUUCAAGAUUUUAUCGCCAAGUUUAUACUGAUGCUGAUGUUAUAACAUUAAACGAACGAAAUGUUACUCAUAGAACAGAUCAAGAAUAA